AUGUGGCUGCACAAGGCUGUAGCGGUGGUGGUGGUGGCGGUGGUGGUCGCCGCGGGGAACAGCGAGGACGACAGGGCCCCCAGAGAAGCUGUCUACGAUGAUCCACUUGACUUUGAGGCCUACGAGAUCCCUCUCCUGAAGAAGAAGCACGUGAGCUACGACUUCGCGUACAGUGUGCGUGACGACGAUACGGGCGCGGCCUACAGCCACCUGGAGGAGCGCGAGGGCAAGGUCACCACGGGCGAGUACCGCGUGUCCCUGCCCGACGGACGCAUCCAGAUCGUGUCGUAUGUGGCUGACGAAAACGGAUAUCGCGCUAAGGUUUCGUAUGAGCCCUCCAGCGCCGCCCACCCGGCCCCGAAACAGCACCCGCCCAAAUACGCGCCCGCACCCGUCCACGGGAGGAGGCCGAGGCCACCCCUAGGCUAUGGCCGACGUCGCCGACCGAGGCCCCACCACUCCAAGGUUCUCCACCACGAAGAGCCUGUUCACCACCCCACUCCCCAUCCGUAUCUGCCGGAGCCUCACCACCCUCCCCACCACCCGCCACCCCCUCCUCCCCACCACCCGCCACCCCCUCCUCCCUACCAACCCCCUCAUAUCACAACCUACAAGCCCCUGUACCCGACGCCUCCGGUCCACGCCACGCCCGCGCCGAUCUACUACCCCCGCAAGACCCCUACAACCUCUGAGCCGGCGCCCCCUCCUCCUCCUCCUCCUCCCCCUCCGCCCGCAAUCGCCACCCCUAAGCCCCCUCUCCCGCCCCCUCCUCCUGCGCCUGUCCCCGCUAUCACGACCCUUCCUCCCCUGACGACGGUGACCCCGUCUCCCGCCCCCGUGAUCAGGACGUCUUCCUCGCCCCUCAGACUGCCAGAAGUGACCAGCUACAAGCCCAAAGAGGACGUGACGACGCCCGCUCCCAGGGUUAUCACGACCAUACCCACGACUUACCGGCCGAGGACCGUCACGCCGCACUCGCUCUUCGUCCCGGCGCAUCUCAUCUCCCCAACGCCUUCUCCGCUGGGAUACACGCCCUCGCCCUCGCCAUUGCCAUACACGCCCUCGCCCUCGCCGUUACCGUACACGCCCUCGCCCUACCCUCCGCCCUACUCCGCGUCGCCCUACGCACCCCCGGCGGGACCCUACACACCUGCCCCUCCCCCGUACCCAAUAAAGACUCCCCUCCACUACUCUGGAGGACCCACGCUUCCCCCGCCCUACGGUGGCCCAUCCCCGCACUACUACAGCCCUUAUUCGUCGCCCUUCUUUGGCCCCCAGUACGGCCCGCGGUUCCCCGGCCCUUCCUACCCGCCUAGGAUCCGCACGUACACCACAUCGCACCCGGGCGGGACCCUAAGUCACGACGAACUAGUCUCUUCGGGGGAGGACAUGAGCCUCACUUCGACUGAAAUCCACAUGUCCCUGGUGAGCCAGAGCCCUGACUUGUCCUCGGAAAUGUCCUCCUCGGAGGAAGAGGAAGAUUCACUACUUACCCUUCAGCAGCAGCUCACUGCAACAAGCCUGGAGACUUCUGACCUUGUACAAAGUCGAGAACUUGUAGAUACUCCCGAAAAAGUUUCUAAGCAUUCUCUCAACAAAGGGAAAGACUCUUCUCAUAACAAAGAGAAAAACCUUGCUCACAGUCGAGUGACGGAACAUUCACAAAGCCAAGAGACAGACCUGACCAAAAGCAAAGAACUAGAAACUUUACACAGUUUGGAGACAGACAGAUCACGUAAUCAAGAGACAAGUAGCGAAGAGACUGGCAUUCCAUAUAGUCAAGAAGGAAGCUCAUCGCCAGGCAGAAAAGCAGCCCUGGUACAAAGUGGAGAAUCGAUCGGAUCAGACUUCCAGGAAGUAGAUAUACCAUCCAGCAAAGAGACUCGCCUUCCAAACAGCCAGGAGACAAACUUAUCCCUCAGCCAAGAGCAAUAUGUUUCACACAUCAAGAACUCUGAUUUGUCCCAAGAGAAAGGUAAAGUGUCGUCUCACAGCCAAACAACAGAAGAGGCCUUUAGUCAGGAGAAAGACUCGUCAGUUGGACGAGUCACAGCCUCAUCGUUCAUCCCUCGAGUCACCACGAACCUCCUUCUUAUAUCUAAGACUCAGACUCCUUCAUCUCCACCUCCAAACGAUCACUUGCGUGGGUUCUUCCUGCCUGUGAGAUAG